GUGGCUUGAAUCUAAAUAUUGAUAUACAUGGUGCCUGACCUAAAAGUGUCGGGUACAUCAUUUUACCUUUAGCGCUCUUUUAAAGCUUCCCCCGACGUCAGAGCCAAUCAAUUGAUUUCUGGAGCUCUCACCAGCUUCCGAAUUCAGGAUGUAUACAGCACCACCUAGGUAAUUGAUGAUGAAUCGCAGUCUCUGGAGUUCAAUAACGCUACCAUCAUCACCGCCAGUCUCGAGGGUAGUAGCAAGCUCAAUAAUAACCAUACCCCGGCGUUUCUACGCCAUCCAAGCUGCCGCACCCCCGGUCCACCAGGUCUUCAACCGCCGCACGAAAUGGCUGCAGAAGGAGCGCGCGGCCGCCAACGUCGAGGCCAGCCGAGUCGCCGACUAUCUGAAAGAUGAAGUAGCUAUCCGGUUAUGCGAUAGAUUGCUGGAUAUCAAACGGACCUACCCCUCGGUCCUCGACCUCGGCGCCAACUCCUGCAACAUCGCGCGGGCCCUAACGCGGCCGAACCCGGACCCGGACUCCGGCGCGCCCGUCACCGAGCCCCUCGCCUCCCGCAUCGGACACCUGCUGGCCGUGGACUCGUCGCGGACGCUGCUGUACCGGGACGCGGACGAGCCGUUCAACGCCGACAUCAACAUGACGCGGCAGGUGCUGUCGGACGAGGAGACUCUCCCGUUCGAGCCCAACUCCUUCGACCUCGUCCUCAGCUCCCUGAGCAUGCACUGGGUCAACGACCUCCCGGGGGUCCUCGCCCAGAUCAACAACGUCCUCAAGCCCGACUGCGCCUUCGUCGGCGCCAUGUUCGGCGGCGACACCCUGUUCGAGCUGCGCACGUCGCUGCAGCUGGCCGAGCAGGAGCGCCGCGGCGGCAUCUCGCCGCACGUCUCCCCGCUGGCCGACGUGCGCGACGUCGGCGGCCUGCUGCAGCGCGCCGGCUUCAAGAUGCUUACCGUCGACGUCGACGACAUCAUCGUCGAUUACCCUGAUACGUUCGCGCUCAUGCAGGACCUCCAGGCCAUGGGCGAGAACAAUGCGGUCCUUGGCCGCGAGAUGGGCGGUAUCCGACGGGACGUGCUCCUAGCCAACGAUGCCAUUUAUCGCGAGCUUCAUGGCAACGCUGAUGGAUCUAUACCCGCUACUUUCCGAACGAUAUAUAUGAUCGGAUGGAAGGAAUCCAAAGACCAACGUCAACCAUUGCCUCGAGGCAGUGGAGAAAUCAGUCUGAAGGACGUUUUUGAGAAGAAAUAGAAAUAUUCUGGAUUAAUGUCAUCAAUGUCUUUUACAUUUAGUUUCACGCCUCACAGUGACCUAUUAUUACCUAUUACUAACAACCACGUACAUGUUGGUGUGUAGCUUCGACGAAUUCGGAUGCAAAAACAUCGGAUGAUCCAUUGGCUUAUAGCUCCAUAGAACAGGUUAGCUCUUGCUAGUGCUUCGAGCAUAUUUCCCUUUAUACAGCAAUUCGUCGUAAAGCUCAAGCCUUUCACAUUAACGAAAGCAUUCCCCGAUACCUUCAACAGACUAACUCCAUUAACAUCCGAUAAAGUUGCACUUAAGACAGGUAGCUCUUCAAAUAGCUGAGCUCAUCUUCUCUU